AUGGGAGUUUCGGCAAAGAUCAAGGACAACAUCUUUGCCGGCGGCCUGGAGAGCGCGGGCGGCGACCAUCUCACGGCCAGAUUCGAGCGUGGCUCUGAACAACCCGAGUUCGACAAUAUCCGCGGCAGCUAUGCAGUCCCCCAGGAGCGUGCCGGUGGGCUGCGGCCGGCGGUCGGCAGAUUCAUGGAAUGCUGGACGUGGUGGGUUCCGGCUGCGAAGGGUGUCGAGGUUUUCCGUGCUUGGUGA